ACCAGCCAGCCUCGCACUAACACGCACGCACACGAGCUCCGCGCAUUACGAAACCCCCGUCCACCUCCCCUCCCCUCCCCUCGCGGACGCACCAAUGGCGGCCACGCCGCCCAAGAGGGAGCCCCUGGCCCCCCUCAGCUGCAACGCGGCCGCACACACGCCUCCGACCGCCGCCGCCGCGCGGCCACGCGCGCCGGCGGUCUCUGCCGAGAAGGAGAACCUAGGAGCGGCCAAUCUCGGCCCUGGCAAGGAGGAGAAGAAGGCGGCGCCUGCUGCUGCGAAGGCGCCGCCGCUGAAGCCGUCGUCGCUGCAGGCCCGCAUGGAGGGUGAGGAGGCGCCGUUGGCGAGGGCGACGGCGGCGGGGAUGCCCGUGUUCGUGGGGCCGAGGGGGAGGGAGCUGCUGCCGCCGCCGCCGCCCCCGCCGGUUUCGUCGUCUUACGAGGCGUGGGACCUCUCCGACAACGAGGCGGCGCCGGCCGCGUCAUGGGCCACCCUGCCCAACAGGGCACUGCUCUGCCGCCCGCUGCCGCUGGACGUCGGGAGGUGCACCUGCGUCGUCGUCAGGGAGAAGGCCACCGGUGCCAGAGGCGUGGCGCUCUACUCGCUCUACACCAACGAGGGGCAGGGGCGGCAGGACCGGAAGCUGGCGGUGGCCCGGCACCGGAGGAGGAGAGGGAGGUCCGAGUUCAUCGUGGCGCAGAACCAGGACGGCGUCUUCGGCAGCUCCGACAAGAACUUCCUCGGGACUAUGGGUGCCAAUCUCGUUGGAUCCAGGUACCAGAUUUGGGGCCAGGGGAACCGGGCCGAUGAGCUGAAGAGCCAGUCCAAGCGGCUUCUGGGUAUUAUCGCGUUUGCCCCAACUAUUGCUACGCUCACAGGGAGUUUCAGAAGCAUGAGAGCAUGGAUUCCCAAGAACCAGUCAAUGCAGUUGAGGUCCAACAGUUCUGCUCAGAUACAGCACGUCAAUGGGCUUCCAAAGGACUGGCAGGAGAAGAGGAGCAGAGCUGAACAACUCUGCUCAAGGUCACCUUUCUACAACAAUAUGACAAAGCGCUACGAACUAGAUUUCAGAGAAAGGGUAGGGAGGAUGGGAUACAAGGUGCAGACAUCAGUGAAGAACUUCCAGAUGACUUUGGAGGAGAACGGAAGGCAGACGAUCUUGCAGCUCGGUAGGGUCGGGAAGUCCAAGUACAUAAUGGAUUUCAGAUACCCGUUGACUGGCUACCAAGCAUUCUGCAUUUGCUUGGCGUCGAUGGACUCCAAGCUGUGCUGCACACUGUGACUGAGAUGUACUCCCUCUGGAUCACAAUACUUAUAGUUCGGGGUACUUGUAUUAGUGUUUUCCAACAACAAGUAUUUAGGUACAGAGGAAGUAGAUGCGACGGAGUUUUGUUUAGCCGGAAUGUUGUUUUUUGUGCUGCACCCUGUGGUCUCGAUUUUUAUGUGCAUGCAGUCUUCUCGCCUCGAGAAGGGGUUAAUAAUUAGAAGUAUCAUGAGAGCAAAUUGUUCGUCUGUUUAUCCUCGAUGCCUGUUUUUCUCAAAGACAAAUUCGCAAUGUAGUACUUCGUCCUUUCCAUAA